CCCAUAAAUAAGCCAGUAGCCCAAGAGAGAGACUGUCCAAAAACCUUCAUCAUCUACCCAGAGAUCGAAAGCGGGUCGGCAUCUUGUUUGUGUAAGCUCGCCACACGAGAGAGGGAGAGGGGGGACAUAUCGAUCAGUGUAGAGGGGGGACAUAUCGAUCAGUGUAAUCAGAAUGGUUUACAUCACAUCAUGGGACGAUUUUGUAGAAAAAUCCGUCCAAUUGUUUCGUGCCGAUCCCGAGAAAACUCGUUAUGCGAUGAAAUAUAGGCACUGCGACGGUAAAUUGGUUCUCAAAGUCACUGACGAUAAAGAGUGUAUCAAGUUUAAGACGGACCAAGCACAGGAUGCUAAAAAGAUGGAAAAGCUGAAUAACAUAUUCUUUACUCUGAUGGCUUGCGGAUCUGAAGUGGAUAUAUCAGAAGUAAGUGGUAAAGAUCAAGUAGAAGCACAGCCUGCCAAAAAGGGGAGGGGAAGGAAACAAUAGUGCUUCAUGAUCUGUAUGGAUUUUGGACAAAAUCACAAUUGUCAAGGGAACGUUUGAAACUAAUGUUGCUUUUAACCCAUCUUGUUCGGUUGCAAUGGUUUUUUGAUCUUCUUCUAUAUAUUUGUAGGGAAUCAUGUGCUAAAUUCUUUGUUUUGUACCAAUUUUCUCGUUUUUUUUUCUUCCAAGAUGCUCGUGAUUUUUGUUUUAUUUCUCGUACUCCAGUUGAAUUUGGUUCAUAUAGGUGUCAUUAAUGAACUUUGCAUUCUUUCACUGGCUUUUAGUGUGUACAACACGUAUAUGAUUAUAUGUUGUAUGGUAUUUUCCUUUUUCCUUGUUUAA